AUGGGGGUUGAUUACUACAAGAUAUUGCAAGUGGACAGGAACGCCAGCGAUGACGAUUUGAAGAAGGCUUAUAGGAAGCUCGCUAUGAAGUGGCAUCCCGAUAAGAAUCCUAACAAUAAGAAGGAUGCUGAAGCCAGGUUCAAACAAAUCUCUGAGGCUUAUGAGGUUCUCAGCGACUCUCAGAAGAGGGCAGUGUAUGAUCAAUACGGAGAAGAGGGUCUAAAGGGUCAAGUACCACCACCUAAUGCCGGUGGAACUUCUUACUUCUCCGGGGGAGAGAUGCCAUCUUCAUUCAGAUUUAAUCCUCGUAAUGCUGAUGAUAUCUUCGCCGAGGUUUUUGGUCAGUCGAGCCCCUUUGGAGGCAUGGGGGGGAUGGGUGGAAUGGGUGGAGGUAGAGGAACAAGGUUUCCUAGUGCCUUCUUUGGUGAUAAUAUCUUUGGAUCGUAUGGUGAAGGAGGUGGUUCAAUGCACCAAAGUGCUCCUAGAAAGGCCGCCCCAAUUGAGAAUAAUCUUCCUUGUAGCCUUGAGGAGCUCUACAAGGGUACUACCAAGAAGAUGAAGAUUUCUAGAGAGAUAGUUGAUGCAAGCAACAAGUCCAUGCAGGUGGAAGAGAUUAUAAACAUUGAUAUAAAGGCAGGAUGGAAAAAAGGCACCAAGAUCACAUUCACCGAGAAAGGCAAUGAGCAGCCAGGCAUCAUUCCUGCUGACCUGGUUUUCGUCAUUGAUGAGAAGCCACAUCGUGUGUUCACACGAGAUGGAAAUGACUUGGUCGUCUCGCAAAAGAUCUCAUUGGCAGAGGCGCUGACCGGCUACACUGCCCAUCUCACAACCUUGGAUGGGAGAAACUUGACUAUUCCGGUCAAAAACGUGAUUCAUCCGACGUAUGAGGAAGUUGUCACCGGGGAAGGGAUGCCAAUCCCUAAAGAUCCCCCGAGGAGAGGAAACUUGAGGAUCAAGUUCAGUAUCAGGUUCCCUGCACGGCUAACCUCAGAGCAGAAGGCUGGCAUCAAGAAGCUCUUUGGCGCUUGA